AUGCAAACAAUACAAGUUAGAAAUUAUUGCCUCAGAAUUCCUCCACUGACUUGGCGGCCUUGCGAUCUUGUAUUGGAUUCCGCCAACCCAAUUGUAGCCCUUCUAGUAGCAGACGAUCGCUGCCACCACCACCACCACUCAAUUGACCUGAGGGCUCUACAUGCCGCCACCAUAACCUCAGGACUUAUCAUGGACACAUUCGCUGCGAGCCGGAUCGUCCGAUUCUUCCUCAGAUGGGGCCCUCGAUACGCACCUCACGUCUUCAAUUCGAUACACCAUCCCGAUGUGUACACAUGGAAUUCAAUGAUAGCUGCCCACACUGAGUGGCCUGAGUUGAGUAUCAACUACUAUUUCAAGAUGCUCGAUAUGGGGUCUCUACCAAACAAUUACACUUUUGCCCUCAUAGUGAAGGCUUGCAGUUUGGGCACUGACAUUUGGCUUGGGAGGAAAGUGCAUGGUCAGAUACUGAAACAUGGUAUGGAAGACUUGCUAGUAGUUAGGAACUCCCUGAUGAAAAUGUAUUGCAACAUGGCCCACAUAGAAGAGGCCCAGUUGUUGUUUGAUACGAGCUUCGAUCUAGAUCUGAUUUCAUGGAAUUCAAUGAUUUCAGUCUAUGGAAAGGCCGAAGAUGUUGAAUAUGCAAGGCGUCUAUUUGAGAAAAUGCCCCAGAGAAACUUGAUCUCUUGGACUGCAAUGAUAGAUGCCUAUGUUAGGAAUGGCAGCUUCAUGGAAGCAUUGCAGCUGUUCAAUGACAUGCAAGUUGUGAGCAUGAAACCCGACGCUGCCACUCUAGUGUGUGUUUUGAAGGCAUGUGCCCACUUGGGUGCUCUUGAUCAAGGGAGAUGGGUUCAUAUCUAUGUAGAGAGGAAUAACAUUGGAAAUGGAACGAAUGUGAUACUUUGUACUGCUCUCAUAGACAUGUAUGCCAAAUGUGGUUGCAUAGAUGUCGCUCUUGACGUGUUUCGUGGGGUCCAUGUGAGGGAUGUUACUCUAUGGAAUGCUAUGAUAGGUGGACUGGCCAUGCAUGGGCUUGGCCAUGAUGCACUGGAUCUCUUUUCAAGGAUGAAGGGAUGUGGUGUGGUGCCUAAUGAGAUCACUUUCAUUAGUGUUCUAUGUGCAUGUACCCAUGUAGGAUUGCUCAGGGAGGGGUUGGAGAUUUUCAAUUCGAUGAAGAUUGGUUAUGGCAUCGAGCCUCGGAGCGAGCAUUAUGGAUGCUUGGCUGAUCUUCUGGGAAGGGCUGGGCUAGUGCAGGAAGCAGAGGAGGUGCUAAUCAAAAUGCCUAUGCAGCCUCAAGCAUCACAGUGGGGGGCUCUGAUGGCCGCGUGCAGGACCCACAAUAAUGUUGAGGUGGGGGAGCGUGUUGGGAAGCAUUUGAUUGCAUUGGAGCCCCACGAUGGGGGCCGCUACGUCCUCUUAUCAAACGUCUACGCAGGUGCAGGCCGAUGGGGUGAUGCUUUAGAGACGAGGAGAAUGAUGGAAGAGAAAGGAAUAAAGAAGGAAAGAGGGUGCAGUUUCAUCGAGUGGAAUGCAGUGGUGCAUGAGUUUGGUGUGGGAGACACAAACCAUCCUCAAAGUAGAGAAAUCCAUGAAUUGUUGGGUGAAAUGGAAAGGAGGUUGAAGAUGGUGGGCUAUGUACAUGACACAUCUCAAAUGCUGUUAGACAUGUGUAAUGAAGAAGACAAGGAGAUGGCUGUCUUCUCAUAG